AUGGUGCUAUCUGUUGGAACAAGUAUUACGACAUUGCGAAGGGCUCUCACGAGUUCCAAAAGCAAGCAAGCCGGUAAAUCAGGAAAGGGCAAGAGAGAAUUCUCUAUCGACAGCAUCUCAGCACAGAGCAUCGACGGACGGGAGGUAAAGCACAUAAUCUAUAAAGGUGAUGGGAGUACCACCUUGGUACCUCGAGCUAGUGGGAAGCAAGAUGUCGAGAAAGGAAACUCUGUUGGGCUAUCUAUGCGUUGCAAAGAUUCUAUAUACGUUGCACAUUGUAAAUCUGCGGAGAAGUCGAGUGUAAACAAAGUGAAGACUCUCGAGAUGUCGGCACCAGUCGGGUUAUCACUCCGAUCAAAGGAUUCAAUCUAUGUCGCUCACGGUAAAGGCUCGAGCAGGAAUCAGCAAGCAAUUGAUCAGAAAAAAGAAAAGAAACAAAGCAAAAAUGAAAAGAAAAGUAUGCAUGCAAAUGAUGCUGUCAAGUUGUUUCGUAGUCAGAGUAUGAGCAAGACAGAUUCGAAAGAGGCUCAGAAAAUUGCCAAGACUGCCGCGAAGAUUGCAAAGAAGAAACGUCGAAGCAGCGCUUUGGAAUUUCAAAGCAAGAGCAUGUAUACAAUCGCUUUGUCCGAUGAUCUGCUUGAUCGGGAUGUCCAGGAUAAUGAAGUAGUUCUUGAAGCUCAGGUAUCCAGUCUCCAGUCUCCAAUUUUUAAACCUCACGACAAAUCUGAAAGUUAUCUAAGACGUAUUCGAAAUCCGACCCAGGAUAUAUUGACUAGCGUGCAAAAUGUGCAGCAGCGUAGAUUACAGCGUAGCAACAGUGAAACACGCUUACCCGACACAAUCAAAUCUACAACGCUACACUCUCAGGCAACUUUGACUAGAAGUAAUUCUCAGAUACCAGCAUCGCAGCACAGUAAAUUUUCUGCCUCUCCGUGCAUGAGUGCCUAUCGCCAUCAUAGACGCCGACUAAGUAUGAACCAGAGCCCUACUGGAAGUUUAGAUUCGUUUAGGAGCAACCCUCUUGGCUCCGGUGCGUGGUCUCCAGCGCCUUUCACUGGAGUAACGGUUGGUCGUGCACAGUUCCGAACUGCGGAAGUUCGCUCGCCAGCGCGCCGGAGUUCCUAUUCGAACGAAGAUCGCCAACUUAGUGAGCUAACAACAGUCAUGUCUUCACACUCGUCCAAUAGCAUAGAAUCAUUGACUAAUUAUAACGACAACUCCUCGUCUAUGACUCUAAAUUCAUAUGGACACGGUCUCUAUUCCUCGUUCCCCACGAGAGACCCUGGUCUUGUACCCGAAAGCCCAUACCCUGGUUUAGACCGGAGAGCAAACAUGCAAGCUGCACGACUGUCCUUCAGCCCGCUACCUAGUGCGAUAUCACUGAUUGAAAGCUCAUCAAGUUCUGGCUCGCAGUGGGCAUCUGCGCCGAUUUCGCACCGAACAAACCCAUUGGCAACACGUUCCGUGUCAGUAAUCGAUCGUAUACUCGCUGGAGAAUAUGUGACGGAGGACAUGGAUGAUUGGCUCCCCGCGUCGAAACCCAACAGUCCGACCGUGCGACGCAGACUGUCGUAUUCAGGCAACACGCCUACCUUACAGGAAACCGAAAGGGCGCUCUCGAAGGCCGCACACGGUCAUAGUUUGAACCGAAGUAUGUCGUACUCUGAAAAGUCGGCCGAGCAACAGCCGAGGCCCAUUAUCAAGCUGCACAAAACUUGCACGUGCGAGUGCUCACAGUCGAUGUCUGAACUAUUCCGUGACCCUCCCCCACGCGUUCGUAUCAAUCCUGCUUCGGAAGUAGCUUGCACAUUCACGCCCUCUCAGUACGAUCGGACUUCUAAUCGAUGUGCAAUCCCUACAAGAGAGUCUCAGAAUCUGAUAUACGAGGAAUUGAUGGCCUACAAGUUCUCGGACAUGGCCGUUCACGAAGACUCCAUGCACAAUAUUAAUGUGCAUCUAACGAGAGCUCGUGGAAGACAGAGAGAAAAACAGCUCAGAAUUCUUUCAGCAAUUGGCUUUCAUUGUGUACCUGAUAUGACAACAAUUCGUCGAACGUCUAUGCCCGGUCGGAUGUAG